GCCUUAUCCGUUUCCGGAGAGUCGCGCCUGCGCAGUGUGUGGCUCUCACGCAGCGGCGGCGAACGUGGCCGCCAUUAAGAGUCCCUCUCCUGAGAGCAAAAGAAGAAGGAAGAAAGGAAGGAGAGAAGGGGAAAGAGAAGGCCGGAGGGCCUGAUCUGCAGCCAUGGCAACUGGCGUGUUCCCUCCCUUCCGGGGACCCUGCCCUCCGAUGCCGGCCCCUUUGGCCCCUCUGCCAGACUACAUGUCAGAGGAGAAGCUUCAGGAGAAAGCCCGCAAAUGGCAGCAGCUGCAGGCCAAGCGCUACGCCGAGAAGCGGAAGUUUGGCUUUGUGGACGCACAGAAGGAGGACAUGCCUCCGGAGCAUGUGAGGAAGAUCAUCCGCGACCAUGGAGACAUGACCAACAGGAAGUUCCGGCAUGACAAGCGGGUCUAUUUGGGGGCCUUGAAAUACAUGCCUCAUGCGGUGCUGAAGCUCUUGGAGAACAUGCCAAUGCCCUGGGAACAGAUCCGCGACGUCCCCGUCCUGUACCACAUCACUGGCGCCAUUUCCUUCGUGAAUGAGAUCCCGUGGGUCAUUGAGCCCGUCUACAUCGCCCAGUGGGGGUCCAUGUGGAUCAUGAUGCGCCGGGAGAAGCGGGAUCGCCGUCACUUCAAGCGCAUGCGCUUCCCCCCUUUUGAUGACGAGGAGCCCCCUCUGGACUAUGCCGACAACAUCCUGGACGUGGAGCCCCUAGAGGCCAUCCAGCUGGAGCUGGACCCUGAGGAAGACGCCCCCGUCCUGGACUGGUUCUACGACCACCAGCCCCUAAAGGACAACCGCAAGUACGUCAAUGGCUCCACCUACCAGCGCUGGCAGUUCACCCUCCCCAUGAUGUCCACACUUUACCGCUUGGCCAACCAGCUGCUCACAGACCUGGUGGAUGACAACUACUUCUACCUGUUCGACCUGAAGGCCUUUUUCACCUCCAAGGCCCUCAACAUGGCCAUCCCCGGAGGGCCCAAGUUUGAGCCCCUGGUCCGGGACAUCAACCUCCAGGACGAAGACUGGAACGAGUUCAACGACAUCAACAAGAUCAUCAUCCGGCAGCCCAUCCGGACGGAGUACAAGAUUGCCUUCCCUUACCUGUAUAACAAUCUGCCCCAUCAUGUUCACCUCACCUGGUACCACACACCCAACGUGGUCUUCAUCAAGACGGAGGACCCUGACCUGCCGGCCUUCUACUUCGACCCCCUCAUCAACCCCAUCUCCCACAGGCAUUCCGUCAAGAGCCAGGAGCCGCUCCCGGAGGAUGAUGAGGAGUUUGAGUUGCCGGAGUUUGUGGAGCCCUUCCUGAAGGAGACUCCGCUCUACACUGACAACACGGCCAACGGCAUUGCCUUGCUCUGGGCUCCCCGACCCUUCAAUCUGCGCUCUGGACGCACCCGACGGGCCCUCGACAUCCCUCUCGUCAAGAACUGGUAUCGGGAGCACUGUCCGGCGGGGCAGCCGGUCAAAGUGCGGGUCUCCUACCAGAAGCUCCUUAAGUACUACGUCCUGAAUGCACUCAAGCACCGGCCACCCAAGGCUCAGAAGAAAAGGUACCUCUUCCGCUCUUUCAAGGCCACCAAGUUCUUCCAAUCGACCAAACUGGAUUGGGUGGAGGUGGGCCUGCAAGUCUGCCGCCAGGGCUACAACAUGCUCAACCUCCUCAUCCACCGCAAGAAUCUCAACUACCUGCACUUGGACUACAACUUCAACCUGAAACCCGUCAAGACCCUCACUACCAAGGAGAGGAAAAAGUCCCGUUUCGGUAAUGCCUUCCACCUCUGCAGGGAGGUGCUGCGCCUGACCAAGCUGGUGGUGGACAGCCACGUCCAAUACAGGUUGGGGAACGUGGACGCCUUCCAGUUGGCGGACGGACUGCAGUACAUCUUUGCGCACGUGGGGCAACUGACGGGGAUGUACCGCUACAAGUACAAGCUGAUGCGUCAGAUCCGGAUGUGCAAGGAUCUCAAGCACCUCAUCUAUUACCGCUUCAACACAGGUCCAGUGGGCAAGGGCCCCGGCUGUGGCUUCUGGGCUCCCGGCUGGCGAGUCUGGCUCUUCUUCAUGAGGGGCAUCACCCCGCUGCUGGAGCGAUGGCUGGGCAACCUCCUGGCCAGGCAGUUCGAAGGCCGGCACUCAAAGGGGGUGGCCAAGACGGUGACCAAGCAGCGAGUGGAGUCGCACUUCGACUUGGAGCUGCGGGCGGCCGUGAUGCACGACAUCCUGGACAUGAUGCCCGAAGGCAUCAAGCAGAACAAGGCCCGCACCAUCUUGCAGCACCUGAGCGAGGCCUGGCGCUGCUGGAAGGCCAACAUCCCCUGGAAGGUCCCUGGCCUGCCGACUCCCAUUGAGAACAUGAUCCUGCGCUACGUCAAGGCCAAAGCUGACUGGUGGACCAACACGGCCCACUACAACCGGGAGCGCAUCCGGCGGGGGGCCACCGUGGACAAGACCGUCUGCAAGAAGAACCUGGGCCGCCUCACCCGCCUCUACCUCAAGGCCGAGCAGGAGCGCCAGCACAACUACCUCAAGGACGGGCCCUACAUCACGGCAGAGGAGGCCGUGGCCGUCUACACCACCACCGUCCACUGGCUGGAGAGCCGCCGCUUCUCGCCCAUCCCCUUCCCACCGCUCUCCUAUAAACACGACACCAAGCUCCUCAUCCUGGCCCUGGAGAGGCUCAAGGAGGCUUACAGUGUCAAGUCCCGCCUGAACCAGUCGCAGAGGGAAGAGCUGGGCCUGAUAGAACAAGCCUAUGACAACCCCCACGAGGCUUUGUCCCGCAUCAAGCGGCACUUGCUCACCCAGCGGGCCUUCAAGGAGGUGGGCAUUGAGUUCAUGGACCUGUACAGUCACUUGGUCCCGGUGUACGACGUGGAGCCGCUGGAGAAGAUCACGGACGCCUACCUGGACCAGUACCUUUGGUACGAAGCCGACAAGCGGCGCCUUUUCCCCCCCUGGAUCAAGCCGGCCGACACCGAGCCCCCUCCCCUCCUGGUCUACAAGUGGUGUCAAGGCAUCAACAACCUGCAGGACGUCUGGGAGACAGGCGAAGGGGAGUGCAACGUGAUGCUGGAGUCGCGCUUUGAGAAGAUGUAUGAGAAGAUUGACUUGACGCUGCUCAACAGGCUGCUGCGCCUCAUUGUGGACCAUAACAUUGCUGACUACAUGACAGCCAAGAACAACGUGGUCAUCAACUACAAGGACAUGAACCACACCAACUCCUACGGCAUCAUCCGGGGCCUGCAGUUCGCCUCCUUCAUCGUCCAGUACUACGGCCUAGUCAUGGAUCUGCUGGUACUGGGCCUGCACCGCGCCAGCGAGAUGGCUGGCCCCCCACAGAUGCCCAACGACUUCCUUAGCUUCCAGGACGUGGCCACCGAAGCUGCUCACCCCAUCCGCCUCUUCUGCCGCUACAUAGACCGCAUCCACAUCUUCUUCAGGUUCACAGCGGACGAGGCGCGGGACCUGAUCCAACGCUACCUGACGGAGCACCCGGACCCCAACAACGAGAACAUUGUGGGCUACAACAACAAGAAGUGCUGGCCCCGAGAUGCCCGCAUGCGCCUCAUGAAGCAUGACGUCAACCUGGGCCGCGCCGUCUUCUGGGACAUCAAGAACCGCCUCCCGCGUUCGGUGACCACGGUCCAGUGGGAGAACAGCUUCGUCUCGGUCUACAGCAAGGACAACCCCAACCUGCUCUUCAACAUGUGCGGCUUUGAGUGCCGCAUCCUUCCCAAGUGCCGCACCAGCUACGAGGAGUUCACCCACAAAGACGGCGUCUGGAACCUCCAGAACGAGGUGACCAAGGAACGGACAGCGCAGUGCUUCCUGCGGGUGGACGAUGAGUCCAUGCAACGCUUCCACAACCGGGUCCGGCAGAUCCUCAUGGCCUCGGGGUCCACCACCUUCACAAAGAUUGUAAACAAGUGGAACACGGCCCUGAUCGGCCUGAUGACCUACUUCCGGGAGGCGGUGGUCAACACCCAGGAGCUGCUGGACCUGCUGGUCAAGUGCGAGAACAAGAUCCAGACCCGCAUCAAGAUCGGCCUGAACUCCAAGAUGCCCAGUCGCUUCCCGCCGGUGGUCUUCUACACCCCGAAGGAGCUGGGGGGCCUGGGCAUGCUCUCCAUGGGGCACGUCCUCAUCCCGCAGUCAGACCUCAGGUGGUCCAAGCAGACGGACGUGGGCAUCACGCACUUCCGAUCGGGGAUGAGCCACGAGGAGGACCAGCUCAUCCCCAACCUUUACCGCUACAUCCAGCCCUGGGAGAGCGAGUUCAUCGACUCCCAAAGGGUCUGGGCAGAGUAUGCCCUCAAGAGGCAGGAGGCCAUCGCCCAGAACAGGCGCCUGACGCUGGAGGACUUGGAGGACUCCUGGGACCGGGGCAUCCCGCGCAUCAACACACUCUUCCAGAAGGACCGCCACACGUUGGCCUACGAUAAAGGAUGGCGGGUCCGGACGGACUUCAAGCAGUAUCAGGUCCUGAAGCAGAACCCCUUCUGGUGGACCCACCAGCGCCACGACGGGAAGCUCUGGAACCUGAACAACUACCGGACGGACAUGAUCCAGGCACUGGGAGGCGUGGAGGGCAUCCUGGAGCACACCCUCUUCAAGGGCACCUACUUCCCCACCUGGGAGGGGCUCUUCUGGGAGAAAGCCAGCGGCUUCGAGGAGUCCAUGAAGUGGAAGAAGCUGACCAACGCCCAGCGCUCCGGCCUCAACCAGAUCCCCAACCGACGCUUCACCCUCUGGUGGUCCCCCACCAUCAACAGGGCCAACGUCUACGUGGGCUUCCAGGUGCAGCUGGACCUGACGGGCAUCUUCAUGCACGGCAAGAUCCCCACCUUAAAGAUCUCCCUCAUCCAGAUCUUCCGGGCCCAUCUCUGGCAGAAGAUCCACGAGAGCAUCGUCAUGGAUCUCUGCCAGGUCUUUGACCAGGAGCUGGACGCCCUGGAGAUCGAGACGGUGCAGAAGGAGACCAUCCACCCCCGGAAGUCCUACAAGAUGAACUCCUCCUGCGCAGACAUCCUCCUCUUCGCCUCCUACAAGUGGAACGUCUCCCGGCCUUCCCUUCUGGCCGACUCCAAGGACGUGAUGGACAGCACCACCACCCAGAAGUACUGGAUCGACAUCCAGCUGCGCUGGGGGGAUUACGACUCCCACGACAUCGAGCGCUACGCCAGGGCCAAGUUCCUGGACUACACCACCGACAACAUGAGCAUCUACCCGUCUCCCACCGGGGUCCUCAUUGCCAUUGACUUGGCCUACAACCUGCACAGCGCCUACGGGAACUGGUUCCCCGGGAGCAAGCCGCUGAUCCAGCAGGCCAUGGCCAAGAUCAUGAAGGCCAACCCGGCGCUGUACGUCCUGCGGGAGCGGAUCCGGAAGGGGCUGCAGCUCUACUCCUCAGAGCCCACCGAGCCCUACCUCUCCUCCCAGAACUACGGGGAGCUCUUCUCCAACCAGAUCAUCUGGUUCGUGGACGACACCAACGUCUACCGGGUCACCAUCCACAAGACCUUUGAGGGGAACUUGACCACGAAGCCCAUCAACGGGGCCAUCUUCAUCUUCAACCCUCGGACAGGGCAGCUCUUCCUGAAGAUCAUCCACACUUCCGUUUGGGCCGGGCAGAAGCGCUUGGGGCAGCUGGCCAAGUGGAAGACAGCCGAGGAAGUGGCCGCCCUCAUCCGCUCCCUCCCGGUGGAGGAGCAGCCCAAGCAGAUCAUUGUCACCCGGAAGGGCAUGCUGGACCCUCUGGAGGUGCACUUGCUGGACUUCCCCAACAUUGUGAUCAAGGGCUCGGAGCUGCAGCUCCCCUUCCAGGCCUGCUUGAAGGUGGAGAAGUUUGGAGAUCUCAUCCUGAAGGCCACCGAGCCCCAGAUGGUCCUCUUCAACCUUUAUGACGACUGGCUGAAGACCAUCUCCUCCUACACGGCCUUUUCGCGACUGAUCCUCAUCCUUCGCGCUUUGCAUGUCAACAAUGACCGGGCCAAAGUCAUCCUGAAGCCUGACAAGACCACGGUCACGGAGCCCCACCACAUCUGGCCCACGCUGACCGACGAAGAGUGGAUCAAGGUGGAGGUCCAGCUUAAAGACCUGAUCCUGGCCGACUAUGGCAAGAAGAACAACGUGAACGUGGCCUCGCUGACGCAGUCGGAGAUCCGGGACAUCAUCCUGGGCAUGGAGAUCUCGGCCCCCUCGCAGCAGCGCCAGCAGAUUGCAGAGAUCGAGAAGCAGACCAAGGAGCAGUCCCAGCUGACGGCCACCCAGACACGGACGGUCAACAAGCACGGUGACGAGAUCAUCACCUCCACCACCAGCAACUACGAGACCCAGACCUUCUCCUCCAAGACCGAGUGGCGCGUCCGGGCCAUCUCCGCCGCCAACCUCCACCUGCGGACCAAUCACAUCUAUGUCUCGUCGGACGACAUCAAGGAGACUGGCUACACCUACAUCCUGCCCAAGAACGUCCUCAAGAAGUUCAUCUGCAUCUCUGACCUGCGGGCCCAGAUUGCCGGCUACUUGUAUGGGGUGAGCCCCCCGGACAACCCUCAGGUGAAGGAGAUCCGCUGCAUUGUGAUGGUGCCACAAUGGGGCACCCACCAGACGGUCCACUUGCCAGGGCAGCUGCCCCAACAUGAGUACCUCAAGGAGAUGGAGCCUCUGGGCUGGAUCCACACUCAGCCCAACGAGUCCCCGCAGCUCUCCCCGCAGGACGUCACCACUCACGCCAAGGUCAUGGCCGAGAACCCCUCCUGGGAUGGGGAGAAGACCAUCAUCAUCACCUGCAGCUUCACGCCAGGCUCUUGCACCCUGACGGCCUACAAGCUGACCCCCAGCGGCUACGAAUGGGGCCGGCAAAACACCGACAAGGGCAACAACCCCAAGGGCUACCUGCCUUCCCAUUACGAGCGGGUCCAGAUGCUGCUCUCGGACCGCUUCCUGGGCUUCUUCAUGGUCCCGGCCCAGGGCUCCUGGAACUACAACUUCAUGGGCGUGCGCCACGACCCCAACAUGAAGUACGAGCUGCAGUUGGCCAACCCCAAGGAGUUCUACCAUGAGGUCCACCGCCCUUCGCACUUCCUCAACUUCGCCCUCCUCCAGGAAGGGGAGGUCUACUCUGCCGACCGCGAGGACCUCUACUCCUGAGGCUGACCCACAACAACAAGCACCCCCUUCUUCCGCCCCCCCCCCCCAAAGAAUAGUUACUCCUCAGCAUUUCAGCCCCUCUUUCCCCAUAGUGUUACCAUGGAGGGAUUGUGCGUUUUCAUGUACAGUGUCUCUGCCCCUUUUUGAGUGUUGUCGAAUAAAAGUUUUGUACAAAGUU